GACAGGAGAGGAGAGGAGAGGAGAGGGGAGGGGAGAGGAAAGGAGGGGCCCUGUGUGAAAAGCUCCUAAAAAAGUGGGCGCAAAACUAAGAGCGGUGGAACACACGCAGGCAUCUGUUAGAGAAAAAAAAGGAAUAGAACGUGCCCCCUUUGAAUUAUUUAAUCCCAGAAUAGACCCAUUUAAAGCCUCAGCAUUUCCAGACAGCAUGCAAGGCUAAGUGUAGUGUUAGAGCUUAGGAUUGAAGGAAAAUCCGGGUUUCAUUCAUCAUAUUUCACAAAGUCUCUGCUUGUAAUCUGCUGUUUUUGUUGAACAUCUUCUUCUCACGUGCUGUAGGCCCUGACACAAGUUAGAGAAAGCCCAAAAGGGGGGAGAAAUUAUCGAAAGAAAUUGCAGAAUCUUUGGUUGAUCAUAAUCAGAAUGUCUGGCGUGUGGGUUUUCAGCAAUGGUGUGGCCAGGUUGGUGUCCAAUCCAAUGGCGGAGCCUCUUGAUGGAUCCAUGGAGGUCACGAGGUCGAAACGCAAGGUCUUGGUCUACACUCCCACCAAUGAGGUCAUCACUAACUAUGCUGCUCUUGAGAGAAAACUUCUCCCUCUUGGCUGGGAACGCUAUAAUGAAGACUCUGAGGUGCUCCAGUAUCACAAGACCUGUUCUGUGCAUCUCAUUUCUCUGCCCAGAGAUUUCUCCAAAUUCAAGUCCAUUCAUAUGUUUGAUAUUGUUGUCAAGAACCGCAACGCCUUUGAAGUCAGAGACAUGUAUAUAUAACAGAUGGAGGGAAGAGGAAGAGAAAGAAAAAGAGAAAGAGAAUAAGAAAGAGAGAGAGAGAGAGAGGAGUUAAAAGUUUAGUCUAGCUUUCGUUUUUUGGUUUCAAAUGGUUUUGCAGUCGUUAUAGAUGGUACUUAGUAAGUCUAAGUAGGUAGUUUUAAGGUCAAGGUCAAAUGUGUGUGUGUUGUGUUGUAGUUUGAGUCAUUUGGAUUCUAUCUAUGUCUAAAUCUAUUGUCCUUCGGCUGCUUGGCAAUAAUUUCUCAUACGAGUUUAUCUAGGCCUAGUAGGUACUAUUUUUCUCGUUUCCUCGUGAAUGAGAAUUUCCUUUUCCUUUUUUUAAGCUUCCACGUACUCUUGGGGGAUGCAGCAGCCUCGAUGUUUCUGCUACGCAAAAAUAUGUUAUGUCGGUGGGGAUUUUUAAGAGAAGGAGAAGAGGAAUCGGUAUAAUUUGUGGUCUGUUAAGGUUCUUCUGCUUUGUUAUCAGUUAGCUAUAUUGAUGGAAUCCGAUAAGGCUUCUUUUC